AUUUAUCUGGUUUCCACUAUUAGUAACUUUUGGAUCCUACAGAAGAGAAGGACAAUUACAGGAAGCCUGCCAAAAGGAAAUAGGCAGGUCACUAGUUUGGGGAAACAUGGUCAGCUGGGAAUGCUGAACCCAAGUGUUACAGCUCAGACAGGUUUAUAUCUGCUAAGUGUGACUACCGUACAUUUUUACCCCUGUUUAUGAAAGACAUAAUCAAAGGAUAUAUAACUAUUUCCUUUUAUUAAUUUGUUUUUAAGGAAUACAGUUUUCUGAGGAAUAAUAAGUAAUAAAGCAAAAAGGAGAAAUCAACAUCAGGCCGCUCAUCGGUGAAGCCGGCAAUGGAUUUUUUACAAUGGGUGGCGGUGUCUUCCUUUUUCCUAAUCCUUGCCUCAUCCAGCCCUGAACAGCUGUGGAUGGACACUUCACUUGAGAACAGUUUUGCUCAUCACAGACAUAAACGAGAAUGGCAGUGGAAUUCAAUAUUUGUUCAAGAAGAACAAACUCCACCAUUCCCGCAUAAAAUUGGAAAGCUGAAAAGUACCAGGUUCAACAAAAACGCAAUGUUUAUCAUCCAAGGAGAGGGGGCAAACACCAUUUUUAAAGUUGAUGCUCAAGGUGAUCUUUUUGUCAACCAGCCUUUGGAUCGUGAAGAAAAAGAAAUAUAUAAGCUGCAAGCUGAAAUCCGUGAAAAUUUAACUGGGGUUGUGCUGGAAGAAGCAGACCAUUUUUAUAUAAAAGUCCUUGACAUAAAUGACAAUGCUCCAAAGUUUGAGCAAAGUCAGUACAAAGGCUCUGUUAAAGAGGGGUCUCCAGAAGGAACUAGUGUGUUAACAGUAAAAGCCCUGGAUCCAGAUGAUGCAACAACUGAAAAUGGCAAAGUUGUUUAUGAGCUCAUAGAAGGAACAGAUGCAUUCUAUAUUGAUAGAACCACAGGAACCAUUAAAACGAAAGUUAGCUCCUUGGACCGCGAGAAAAAGAGCAGCUAUAAGCUGACCGUGCGAGCAAAGGAUAUGCCAAACUUCAGCACUGGAGGAAGCACCACCACCACUGUGGCAAUCACACUGGAAGAUGAAAAUGACAACAAGGCAACAUUCAAAUACCCACAAUAUGAGUUUGAAAUAAAAGAAAAUGAACCCGCUAGGUUUACUGUUGGGAAAAUGCAAAUUGAAGACAAAGAUGAACCACAGAACAAAAAUCCAGUUUUUAAUAUUGAAGAUUCUGAAUGCAGAAAAAUAUUUGAUAUUAAGACAGAUCUCCAGAAAGAUGGAGCCAUCUUUCUCCUGCAGCCUCUGGAUUAUGAAAAUAAACAGCGUUAUACUUUUGAGGUUGCGGUGAGUGAAGAAACAGUUCCUUCUGCUCAAGUCAGGUCACACAAGAAUGACAAAGCACGAGUCACAGUCAAUGUAUUGGAUGUUGAUGAACCUCCAGUUUUUACAAAUGAAACCUACAGAUUCCAUGUCAAAGAAAAUGUCCCAGUUAACACUAUAAUUGGAAGAGUCUCAGCAUGGGAUCCUGAUAAAGCGAAUAAAACUAUUAGGUAUGAGAUAAAUAAAGGAUUCCCAGUAAGAAUUAACGAAGAGACUGGAGAGUUGUUGACAGCUAAAGAAUUGGACCGAGAACUUAACGCUUUACAUCAGCUUAUUGUAACAGCAGUUGAAUAUUAUCCUGAAGGUCUAAAAUCCCAUGUUACUGUGACAUUGAAUGUUCUUGAUGUUAAUGACAAUCCUCCAGAAUUGGAUAUGCCUCAUAAUCCCAUUGUGUGUGAAAAUGAUGGACCUGGCAUGCUAAUACAGAGAAUCAGAGCAACGGACAAAGAUGAACAGACACCCGAUGCAAAAAUCAGUUUUUCUUUGGCGGAGCCAAGUGCAAACUUUUCACUCACUGACAAUCAUGAUGGCACAGCCAAUAUUACUGUAAAGCAGGGCGGCUUUACAGAUAAAGAAACUGAAAAGUAUGUCCUGUCUGUUGUGGUCAGAGAUAAUGGCAUCCCUCCACAAAGCAGCACGACCACCCUGACAAUCACAGUCUGCAAGUGUGAUGUCAACAGAGAAAAUCAUCACUGCAGGAGUCAUUACAAAGGGGCGGGAGUCAGUGUCCCCGCCAUUAUUGUUAUUCUCCUCUGCAUUAUUACUAUCAUAGUCAUUGUGUUAUUGUUUGUACUGAGAAAAAGGUAUAGAAAAGACGCAUUGGUCAACCUGAGCAAAGGCAGUGGAGAAAUUCACGAGCAGUUGGUAAGCUACGAUGAAGAAGGGGGUGGGGAAAUGGACACCAACGGCUAUGAUGUUUCUGUUUUGAAUUCAGCCCGUCACAACAACGUGAGGCCAGAGCCAUCCUUGUACGCAAAAGUACAAAAACCCACUGGAAAGGCAGAUAUGGCUAUCAUGAUUGAAGUCAAGAAGGAUGAAGCAGAUCAUGACAAAGAUGGUAUUCCCUAUGAUACCCUUCAUAUAUAUGGUUAUGAGGGUCCUGAGUCACUGGCAGGGAGUCUCAGCUCUCUGGAAACCUCUUCCUCAGACUCCAACCUGGAUUAUGACUUCCUUAACGACUGGGGUCCCCGUUUCAAAACCUUAGCUGAACUCUACGGAGUAGAUGGGUCCGAAGAUGACUUUGAAUGUUAAAUCUAAUGCCAAUAUGCUGGAAUUUUUUAAGUGUAUUCAGUUUAGGGCAAAACCUUUCCACUUCCUCAAAAAGUAGCUGUAAUCAUGAGGUUUAUUGAGAAGGGCCAUUUCUGACAUAUACCAAGUCUUGCUUUUUUUCCUUUUUUCAGAUUCAAAUUAUACAAUCAUUCAUUGAUUUGUUGACCUUUUAAAACUUUUUAUUAUACUUUUUGCUUGUUUUUUUUAAAACAUGGUUUGACUUGCUCUUUUAUUGUGAUUCAUUUUUCUAGAACAUACUUUGGAGCUUAUUUUUACAAAAUACUGUACUUAAGUGAAAAGCGAUUUAAAGUGAUUUGAAACUUAAGGUUAACUUUUGAAGAGCGUACCUUGCUGAUCAUUGGUUCGGUUGAGAAUAUUUAGAGAAUGAUUAUAUUACACUACUUUGGUUACAUUCCAUAAUAUUUUUUUUUAUUUCUGUAAUUUUCCUGGUCAAAAUCAGUAGCUUUUCUGAAUUAUUCCGAAUUUUCCGAAGUAGGCAAUCUCGGCUCAUACAGACAGUAUAAAGCCAUUCUCUUUUCAGGAUAAUACAAAUUACCAACUACCGUUUAUAAUAGUAAAAAGAAUUGGGAAAAGAGAAAUAACAUGUUCCAUUUUAUUUUAUGAAAACAGUAAGUAGUACAUGAGGCUUGUUUAUAUGUUUAUAUUUAGUUAUGGCUGUGGAUAGCCAUAAUGUCUGAAACUAAGUGCAGCUGCUAUGCACAGUCAAAAAAAUCAGGAAAAAUACACAAUUACCAAAGGAUCUUUGCCGGAAACAUAGGCAGAAGAAGUUUGAAAGACUUUGAGUCAAUUCCCACUUUUGUUUGACAGAUUUCUUUGACACAUAAAAUGUAGAAAGACAAAGUGACUGUCCCUAAGGGUAGUCAUAACAAAAGUAAUACAAUUAACUCCGGAAAUAUUCAAAAGCCACAUAUGAGGAGUAUAAUCCCAUAUGUAACAAAAAUUCUGUCUGAAUAAGUUUAACCUUUAAUCUUGCAUUUUUGGAGUUAGAAACACACUGUUAAUUAACUCAUCUACCUUGAUUUUUUCCCCUGUUUUAAUACCAGCAUUUAACAGAACAUACAGUAUUUCCUACACACUUAAAGCUUUCCUUGAUCAGACCUCCUCUACGCUAUUUUUUUAAUUUAAACUCUCAUUCUUGAAGGUUUUAAGACAAAAUCAUUUUAAUUUAUUAUUUUUCAUCUAAACGGUAGUAUGAUCUGCUUGAAUAAUGAGUCCUGUAAAGUAUGGAUACAAUUAGUGGAAGCUUAUUUGUUGCUUUCCUGUUGAGCUCAUAUGAAUCCAGAGCUUAAAUAUAAGCUCCAAGUCUUCUCCACCCCCACCACCUUUAUCAAAAACAACAAAAAAUCUGAGAUCUGCUUCCUGCACAUAUGUUUAAAAGGAAACAUAUUUCCUGCGCUGUUAUCGCAAAAGUUUAACACAUUGUUGUUGCUUUCCUGUUUUGAAGGCUGAGAAAAAUUUGCUAAUAAGAAACAAAUGUUUUAACGCAUAAAAUUAACUAUCAUGCAUUUUCACGGCAGCCUUACACCUCAAUAGGGAGGCUGAUAAAUGGUGGUGGCUCAAGAAAAUAGCUUAUCAGGGGUAGUAAUGAAUGAACAGCUGCUAAAAAUGACAGUCUCGCAUUGAGAAUCUGGUAAGUUACAGUAUAAGGGACAAUGCAUGACAUCUGGGGCAAGAGGAUGCUUUCAUCAAGGCAAAUUUAUAAGAUUACUUUAUUUGUCUAAUGCAUAUACAAUUUCUUGCAUUAGGAAUUGUCUUUUUUAUAUACCCCAGCUUGAU